UUCAACUGCGGUGCCCAAAAUUGGACACAGUAUUCCAGGUGUGGUCUGACCAAGGCAGAAUAGAGGGGUAGCAUGACUUCCCUGGAUCUAGACGCUAUUCCCCUAUUGAUGCAGGCCAGAAUCCCAUUGGCUUUUUUAGCUGCCGCAUCACAUUGUUGGCUCAUGUUGUCUAGCUCAACACUCAUUAUUUAGCUCAGCACUCCCAACACCCUUUUGCCACAUUUAAAUUUCCUUUCACAACAGUCACUGAAAGAUGUGGUUUGAUGUAUACAGCCAGGGAUACUUUCAUAGAACUAUUAUUGCUUAAUCAGAAAGAAAAAAAAGCUGGUAAUGAUAAAAGGGAAAUUACAGCAUCUGGUCCCGGAAAGUAUUCUCCCUACCUGACCAAAGUAUUCCUUUAAAAAAAUCUCUUUGGCAACAAGGGACGCCUGCCUCUCUGAAUAAUGUCUCCUCCCUUUUCCUGUAUUUCUGGAUCAGGUAUUUCACUUUGAAGUAACCACCUUUUCCCCAUCACUACUGUGCAACUCCCAGAACAUCUGACAGGAAGAACAAGAGAGCUGAGAAACUAGUGAUACAGCUGUUCUUACCGGAAUUUUUAAACAUCAGUUGACAUCUUACAAGUUUCUACAACCAGAAAAGGAGUCUUCCCUGAAUUCAGAUCACAAUAUCUCCAAACCAGUUUUUUUCAUGACUAGUAAAGAUUUGCCUUUUCAAUAUGACAUUGGAAGAAGAAGCAAUUAUGUGGGCCGGGGCAAAGAAAUACACUUUGAUAACAUCAACGCCUAUGUUUGCCAACCUGAUUACGACACAAACAAUGCGGUAAUUCUGGUUCAUGACAUAUAUGGAUGGCAAUUUCCAGAUACCAGAUAUAUUACUGAUAUAUUUGCAAGUAAUGGAUACAUAACCAUCUGCCCAGACUUUUUUCUAGGAAAAGAACCUUGGAAACCUAAUAAUCAUUGGCACGAUUUUGCAGACUGGUUAAAGGAACGGGAUCCCAUGAAAGUGGACAAGACAACUGCUGUGUUUAUGAAGUGUCUAAAGGAGAAAUACAAAGCAAUGAAGAUUGGUGUUGUAGGUUUCUCCUGGGGUGGAAUGGCUGUACAUCACUUGAUGCUGAAAAAUCCUGAAUUAAAAGCUGGGAUAUCAGACUAUGGAAUAAUCCGGGACUCUGAGGAUAGAUAUAACUUGUUGAAUCCAACAUUUUUCAUUUUUGGAGGAAAUGAUCACACCAUUUCUCCUGAACAGGUUACUUUACUGGAAAGAAAACUGAAAGACUACUGUACAGUGGACUAUAAAAUUAAGGUUUAUCCUGGGCAAGUUCAUGGCUUCGCACAGUGUAAGCCUGAGGAUAUGAAGCCCAAAGAUGUACCUUUCAUGGAAGAAGCAAGAAUGGAUAUGAUUGACUGGUUGAAUAGAUACAUUAUGUUUUGAAACUGGACCACAACUUAUAUCACUUUAUUCUACUUUAUUGUCACCAAGGCUGCUCCCAAACAGAAGAGGAAGAAGAUAGAUUGAAAUUCAAUAAAUUAUGCAAUAUUUGUAAAUAGUGGCCCUGAAGUAUUCCUAUCCUUGAAUGACAAACAUUCAGUACUGAAGAUCUUUUCAGAUGUCUCAUGUCUGUAAAAAAAUUGUCAUUUGAGAGUCGCUCAGUUCUUUCUGGCUUUUCUUCAAUGUCUGUGACACAUUAUCUUUCCCGGAAUAUAUUAAAGUUUAAUCUCUACAUUCAUUAUUCUA